AUGGCAAGCGACCCUUUCCUGGAAAUUUGCCGCUCCUUUGCCGACUUCCUGGUAGAACAACGUGAUCACUGGAACUAUGUCCUCCGGGAAUACGAGGCAGGAAAUUGGGAGCAAGAUUUGGUUGCUCGAACAAUGCAAAGCAUGCGGAGGACCGCUGGGUCCUCCCAGGGCAGCACGACCGCGGCAGCUGCUGGCAGCACGGCCUGUAUAGAAGCUGUCAAAAGUAUGUGUUCCGAGGUGACAAAGGCGGCCUUGGAGAACUUGGCUCCUUACGAAGUGCGUUGCGAGGCGAUAGCGUGGCAGAGUCCUGCCUCAGGGCAGCACGGGAGCUGCAGGGCUGCCGGUCCGAACUUCCGUCGCUGGCUGGGAGAUGCUGACCUCUCCUUGGACAAGUGGCCAGCUGAUGACACACACAAGGAGUAUUUGGAAAGGAUCUGCUCCUCCAUCUCCUGUCGACCCGGAGAAGCAUGG